AUGAGGAUAUUUUUGACUGGAGCAACAGGUUCUAUCGGAAGCGCUGUAUUAGAAAACUUGAUUGCCCACGGCCACGAAGUCACAUGCAUUGUAAGAUCUGAAGCAAAAGCUGCAGAAAUUUCUAAUAAAGGUGGAAUUCCUCUAAUUUUUACUAUAAACCCAGAAACAGCCUAUCAAAUUGCCGACCUUUGUAUAGGAUUUGACGCAAUAAUCCAUACAGCCUUUACCUUUAGUGAAGACGGAAUAAAAUCUGAGCAUAUAAUCACGGACGCUAUGAUCUCUGGAGCCCGCAAAACAGCUGAAACAAAGCCAGUUUCCCUUCUUUCUACAUCUGGAUGUGUCAUUAAUGGCAAUACUAAUUGAAUUAUUGAUGAAGACCAUGACGAUACCUCACAAUGUCUUCCUUCUUUUGCAUUUAGACCUAUUUUAGAAAGAAAAGUUUGCAAUGCAACCUGUGGAAAUCUACGUGCAGCAGUUAUCAGACCUGUCUGGGUCUAUGGAAGAAGCUUUGUAGAAGACUGGAUUUUGGCUUGCAAAAAGCAUAAUAAAAUUAUUGCUGUCAAUGGAAACCCACAUAUUUGUUUUAUUCAUUAUGAAGACCUUGCAGAUAUGUAUAGGAUUCUUGUCGAAAAUAAAGCAACUGGGCUAUUUUAUGCAUCGGAGCCAGAAUCAAUGACUCUUGAGACGAUUAUUGAAAGGCUGUCUCAAUCUAUCAAUGUGCAAGAUGUAGAAAGAGUUAGUGAGCCUUGGAGCAUCAGAGAAACAUAUGGAGUAUUCCCUGUGGCUCAUACACAAGACCAACAAAUGGUGUCCAAAAGGUUUAGAGACCUUUAUGGAUACACGCCUAGUCAUAACUUCUUAAAAUGGCUAAGCAGUUUCUAA